AUGAGAUUCCCUGCUGGGCAUAUUAUUUGCGCUGCCAUCAGCUUUGGUCUAUUGGAAGCUGCCAAGGGACUAGAUGAAGGCCUCAUCGCUAUCACAGUGAACCUACCAUCGCUCGUCCUGAAAUCUGACCUUCAUGCAAGCAACCUGAGUGCUGCCGCAAAAGCCAAUCAAUUAUCGAACAUCACGUCGAUGAUUGGCCCUCUCUGGACAAUGCGGCAAUUGUGCAUGCUUUGGAUCAUAGGCGCGGUCAUUUUCAUCACCUCAGCAGGAGAAUCCGGCCAGCUCAUUGCUGCUCGCUUCGUCAUGGGCAUGGGCAUCGGCCAGGCAGGCAUUAUCGGUCCCAUUUAUCUCGCGGAAGUGGCACCCACGGUUUGGCGAGGGCUACUAGUCGGCAUUUAUGCCUCAUUUGAGUAUAUUGGGGUUCUGAUCGGGUACUUCGCCGGAUACGGUGCCUCCCUGCACCUGUCAAACAACAGCGAUCGGGUGAUUCAAAAACAAGUUGCUGUCGAUAAGACGAAAGAGGGACGAUGGCCAUUACUGGAACCGUGGAACCUACUCUCCGGACAAGCCGUCAAUCGUUCCCGACUCUUAUUUCUGAUCUCCGCGCAGCUACUCAGCCAGCGGUCGCUCAUGGCUGGAAUUAUCCUCCAGCUGCUUGCUCUUCUUUAUGUUGCUAUCUCCCUAAUCGUCACAUCCUCGUUGGGCUCAGAUGCGCACUCGGAGGAUGUCCACCGCGCAGCAAUCGCCGCGAUCGCUUCUAUUUACGUGACGGGCGUCGGGUAUGCCUUUGGCUGGAACUCGAUUCAAUAUCUGAUCCAUGCAGAGAUGCUUCCCUCGUCAGUGCGAACGCUAGGCACAAGUAUCCUGAUGUGCAUUCACUAUGCCAAUAGGUUUGCGCUUACCAAGGCCGUUCCGACAAUGACGUUGGCCGAUGCACUCCAGUCUAAGGGAACAUUUUGGUUCUUUUUCGUGGUUGCGUUCUUGGGGUUCCUGUGGGGAAUGUUUUUGUUGCCGGAAACAAGCGAGAUGAUUAGGUGA